AUGCGUCGCUCACAACCAUCGUCGCCCUCAAAACGACGAGCGGCUCCCCCUCAAUUUCGCGCAAAGUGUAUUCGUCCCGCCAGAUUUGCGGACGCUGCAUUUUCUCCCCCCGCAUCAACGGCGGCCGCCUCGAGAUUAACGGGUCCAGCAUCCGAGGGGGCCAAGUUUGAGAUCUACAUGGGGGAUCUGAAGUUGCUCAAGGGCAUUUUCAGGAAAUUCGAUUAGAGCAACGACUGGGGAAUGGAAUGCAAGUGCGUGUUGUUGGAGAUGGGAAUGGGGUUGACCGGGCUCUUGAGCCAAAAGGUGGAGAUGGUGGCGCCGGUGCAAGGGAGAAGAAGGUGUUGCGAGCUGGUGGAAAUCCCGGAGGUGAGGGAUGAGGUGGGAUUCGGUGCCUGCUGCAGCAGCAAAUGCAGUGGAGUGGAGGGGAAUGGCGAUGGCGGCGGAGAUGGUGAGAUGAAGGUGGAUCUGGAGGGGGUGAAUUCGCCGGUGGAUGUGGGGAUUUGGAUGACAACUCUUAAUGACUCUUUUCUUGCUGACCUUGAUGAACUGUCUGAUAAUGAAGAUGAUCUUCUGUUUCAUGGAGUAGUACUUUUCUUUGAGGAAGCAGAUAAUGACAAUGCUGAGCACAUGGAAGAAGAUAUAGAUGGUGAUUUAGCUGAUAUAGAAGCACUUAACUAUGAUGAUAUAUCUUGA